AAAACAUGCACACACCAACAUGCAAAUGUUUCCAGGAUGGCUCAUAUCAGCCACAUGAACUAAACGCAUUUAUUACCACCCCUGCAUUUGUCAUCUUUUUGUGUGUUACUAAACUGAUUAGUAGAAGUGUGUGUGUGUGUGUGUGUGUGUGUGUGUGUGUGUGUGUGUGUGUGUGUGUUUUAAAAGCAGAAUGACUGCCAGGGUACAAAGUUAUAUUAUUCAAAUUUAUGGGAACUAAGCAAUGAGUGUAAAACCAGGAGUGGGGGAGAAAUGUGUGUUGCAUAUUAAAAACAGAUGAUGCUGUGUUUGUGUGCUAUGUGAACACGCUGUGUUUAAUGUCACAAGAUGAAGAGAGUUAAAAAAUAAAAGCGAUUCUUAAGCAUGUCUGCCUUAGGCAAGCAAAAAUAUCACCUUUCACCACAUUUUCUUUCAUUAUAAUUCCUUUAGUCACAUUCUUGAGGGAUGUUGGCAUUUGGUUUUGCAGGUAAGCAAAAAAAAAAAAAAACAUUUUCAGAAAAGGUUAUUUUCAGCUCACCGCGCUUGUGGGAGAGGGAGAAACUGUCUACAUAAAUCAUUCCCAAGCUGAGACAUGUUGUGCUGUAGCUGACCCAGAAAAGUGAACCCUCCCUCCACAUGAGCUCACUCUGCAGGAAGCUGUUGUGGAGUCUCGCGAUACUUUGUGCCAUCGCAAUCCAUCUACAAGAAAAAGGAAAAAGCGGCUCGCAUCUUACAGACGGGCUCAGCUGACGCGGCGCUGGGAGCUGGAAGGGAAAAGAUGAGGUAUGGAGUGGGGUUGAGUAUCAGUCUCUGACUGGCCUCUUCUUUUCAUGCACAGCUCAUUCCAGCUGUGCAGCAGCAUCAGGAUAAGCCCCAUCUUUAACAAAGACUUGACUAAAGCGGCUGUGUGUCCACCAUCAUGGUGAGAUGAUGCCCCUGGACCUUGACUCUGUUGCCAUGGUAACCUUGUAGCAUGAGAUUCCAGUCUGUUGCCCUGGUAGUCACACAAAAAGACCCAGGUAACUGUUUCAAUUUACUGCCAUGGCAAUGCUGCGGAGGCAUCCUGUAAAAUCAUAAAGUCUGUUGCUAUGGUGAUUCUGUAGCAAGCAACAGUCACCAUGGGAACGUCCAGGAUGUUCCGCAUUUUCAUAGUCCUAGGGUCGCUUUUCAUGAUUCUUCUGAUCAUCAUUUACUGGGAUGAUGUCGGUGCCUCCCACCUGUAUUUGCACACUCCUGUAUCGCCAGGACCCAAAAUCCCACAUCACCCUCCCCAGCCGAGGCCUCACACGACUCGGACGCCGUCCUUCCUGUCUGAUAUCGAUGCCUUCGUCAACCAAUUCCUGGAGCCAGGAACUGGGGAACCCACAGAUACUGCCCCAGCUGACAUGAGCAACCAAUCGGAGAAAGCAGAAGAACGGUAUAUACCGCGGAGGGAAUGGAAGAUUCACCUAACUCCGUUGGCAGCAGAACUUCGCGAGAGACAGGAGCAGAGACGGAGGCUGCUUCAGGAGAUGUGUGCCAACGACAGCAUAGUGUUUCCUGGCAAAAACCGUUCAUUUGAUGACAUUCCCAACAAGGAGCUGGAUCAUCUUAUUGUGGAUGACAGGCAUGGUAUUAUCUACUGCUAUGUCCCAAAGGUAGCGUGCAGUAACUGGAAACGCAUCAUGAUAGUUCUCAGCGAGAGCAUGCUGUUGGAAGGCGUUCCUCAGAGAGACCCUCUGGCUAUCCCCAGAGACCUGGUCCACAACAGUAGCAUGCACUUCACCUUCAACAAGUUCUGGAAACGUUAUGGCAAGUUUGCAAAGCACCUAAUGAAGGUGAAGCUGAAGAAGUACACCAAGUUCCUUUUUGUCCGGGACCCAUUCGUGCGUCUCAUCUCUGCCUACAGGAAUAAAUUUGAGAUGCAUAAUGAGGACUUUUACCGCCGCUUUGCGCAGGUCAUGCUGCGUCGCUAUGCCAACCAGCCGACACCUCCAUCCUCAGUGGACAAGGCGUUUGCUCUGGGCAUCCAUCCCUCUUUCUCUCACUUCAUCCAGUACCUCCUGGACCCUCUGACCGAGAAGGAAAUGCCCUUUAAUGAACACUGGCGGCAAGUGUAUCGACUUUGCCACCCCUGCCAAAUUCAGUAUGACUUUGUUGGCCACCUGGAGACGGCGGAAGAGGAUGCCGAGCAUCUCCUGCGCCUGCUGCGGGUAGACAAUGUGGUGGAAUUCCCCACCUCACAUAGGAACCUUACCGCCAGCAGUUGGGAGUCGGAUUGGUUCAGCACAGUUCCCGUCGAGGCGCGUAGAGAACUCUACAAACUCUACGAGCCUGACUUCAAGCUUUUUGGUUACAACAGACCAGACUCACUCCUCAAUGAGUGAUUUUCACAGCCAACAGCCACACUGACAAAAAGGUUGUUAUGUAACGAAGUGAUGCCACACCCCAUCAACAGUUAGACAUGUCUUUGUUCUGGGCUUUGCACAUCUAUUCUCUUUGCCUGUGCUACACUGAAUGCGCAUACAAUAAAGGCCACGCAGUCCUAUAAGGAGGCACCCAGAUGAUGCAAAGCCAUGAUCCAAAGUGAAAAGUGACACAUGCAUCAGACCCGGCAAGGAAAGACCCCUUCUGUGCAAAGAGGUGACCCUAACAAGCUGUACAUUCAGUGUAGACCUGGACUCCACACCUCCCUGCUAUGAUGUCAUGCCACGCCUACCAUUUGUGCCCAGUUUUGUUGUGACUAAACUCUAUGGUGACAUAUUUUGUUAGUAGCACAGUGUUUAAAAUGAAACUAUGCCACAGAGCCAAGCUUCAUGUUUGUUCUUGCACAGAAAAAAGAAAGAUGUCUUUGGAAAUGUGGGCAGUUGGAUAAAACUUAGUUUUAAAAGUAGUUGCACUAGCAGUAGUUGUCAGCUAAUUUAUUCCACGUUGUUAAAGUGCAAUGUUUCUUAAGCAUGAAAAGGGAUUUUUUUGUGUUGAAAACUUGUUCUAAUAACAGCUGCCAGCACCAGAGAAUGGACCUUUUGAUACCUCAUACCCAGGCAUGAAGAGCAUAGUCACCUUACAUACAAACCCUGCUGCUUUUUUUUUUUAUAUAUAUGUCACAUUCAGUUCAGCAUGCAGUUUUUUCCGAUAGCGUCAUAGCUGGUCUAUUCGACCGGUUUUAAAAUGUAGCCUCAGCAUAUAGAAGCACAGCAGCUCCAUCACGCAGCACACAUAACAGAUGAACUGGUUUUGUCUCAGCUUGUCUUAGAGACAUCAAACUGGAGUUUCAGCAUUCAUAUGGUUUCCCAAUGCACAGGUGUGCCUCUGUGUGUUCAUACAAACAGUUUCUUAAAGGGAAAAAAACAUCUCUUAUUUCUUGUUACUGUCAGCAUUUGAUAGUUGUGUCUUUGUGUUUUCACACAGAAAAUACAGAUACUAACACUGAACUACAACCCUGCAGACUGCAACAGAGCUGUCGUUUCCCCCUUAAAUACUUUACUUCUUAACGGCAGCAUUUUCAUAAGGUGCAUUGUUUCCGUAGCAUUACUUGAAGCCAAUGAAGUGUGUAUUUGUGUACGUACAGUUCUGCUGCACAGCAUGUUGAGUUUAUCUAUGAAACUGGUGCGAAAUGAGACUAUAAUCAGUGUUAGUGCAAAGGAAGUGUUAAAGAUGUUGAAGAUAGAAGGUGUGGGAGUUGGGUUCAUCAAGAGUUGAUGGGUCAGGUUCAUUUAUAUGAGAAGAGUGGGAAGAGAAGAUAGUGCCUUUGGUUGCAAAAAGUUUACACAAAAUAAAAUAAAAUAAAACAAGUAUUUUUGUAGGACUUAAUUUUUACUCAAAACACAACACAGUGAGAGCUAUACAAAGCCACCGCAAGGUUUAUUUGAUCUAGUGGGACUAGUUUGUCUCAUGUGACCUUAAUUUGGGACCAAUAGGAAACAACAAAGCCCUUCAGCAGAGUUGUACCUGUCUACGUGGAGAUUUGAUAUAAACUUGAAUGAUGAUUUCAUUUCUCCUUCAGUGUGCUUGUGUUCAGGCUGUGUGCACCAUGCCACAUUAUUCAUGAAGAUGUACACACUUUGUGCUGGUGUUGUCUCACUGCCUUUCGUUUUGUUUGUUUUAGAUAAUUGUGGAGCAUUGUGUCCUUGUAAAAAGGUAGAGCCAUGUGUGUUUUUUUUUUUUCUCCAAGUCUUCUCAUGUGGCCAUGAGCUGUAGUGGAUCAGCACUCCUGCGUCACUGGUGUUUGUAUUGCAGCAAGUUGUAUUUUCAUCCUUAUUUUUGUAUCCACGUCCUUUGUCCUUUGUUUUCUAUGUGAGUGUCCACAUUCUCUAUGUCAGAGACGAUGUGUUUAUAGCUGUUUUUUUCUUUUCUGUCAUUGCAAACAAAUGGAAGUAAAUAAUGACAUGGAA